AUGCGUGGAUGGCCGAAACUGCAAAGUAACAUGGUGAAGUGUAAAAAUAUGAUUUUAUGUUUGAUAGGAUUGUAUAUAGGGUUUUCUUUCAUUUAUUUUGAGGAUAAGCAUGAUGCUGUAGAUGCUAUCCUUGGUUUUGACGACAUACCUUUUAGGCAUGACAGGCGCAGGUUAUCAGUUGAAUUGGCCAGAAGCGAACAUGGGUGGCAUCAUGAUGGGAGGGCAGCAAACCAGAGGCCAACAAGGACUCUCUUUGUGAUAAAGUUCGACCUCAUUCAUACCAGAGAAUAUGAUGUAGAAAGACCCUUUGGGAAGGUGUUCUCAACGUUUAAUGCAGUAGAAAGAUGCAGGAUAGGGUUGUCUCUAUAUGCCUGGAGUAUGUGCAUUGAAGUUAGAAGUACUUACUCGGUUGACCGCUUCGACCACCAGGCCGGCUUCGGCCGAGGCACGGCGGGGGUGCUCUUCUCCGCCUCGAUCGGAGCUUGUGGGAAUUUGGCCGCCGGUGGUUCUCAUCGGUCAGCCUCUCUCCGAAUCCGGGAGAGGUCGUCGGCCGCCUUGUCCCGCCCCACCGUGGAAGUCAGCCGCGCCGCAGGAUGCUCGUCGGUAAGUGUGCUUCUUCGUUCACUUCUUGGAGGUUGUCGUGUCUGUUUGACCGCGCCGCCGCUGAUGAGCCCAGUCCGGUGGGUAGAGGCUCACGUAGAGCAAACUAUUGUGUGUCUAACACCGCUCAAGAGGCUAUCGACGGUGACCCUCUUGAGUACGUUCAUAUGCACAUCAUCCACCACCAUAUUUCCACAAAAGAAGUCGUGCAAGAACAAAGGAAGUCGUGCAAGACCAUUCAAGGACGUGUGCCGAUCAAGUUAG